GAGACUAACCGGGGCCGGCAGCUGCCUCCCUGCCCGGAUGCCGCGGGGGCGGGAGCCCGGAGCGUCCCAGCCCCGCCGCCCCCGGGCCCCUCCAGCGCCGCGCUCCUGCCGAGAGCCGCACGGGGCGAGGCGCCCUCGACGCGCCGCCCAGGCCCUGGGCCGCGGGCCCGACGGGAGGCAGCUGGUCUCGGGUGACCGGUUCCCGGCCCCGGCUUUGCCCUGGCAAGUGCCGGCGCCUCGGCCACCGACCGGCCCGCGGCCCCCCCGGGCUCUGCAGCGCCGUGCGCGGGGCCGCGCGCCGGGCUGGGCUGCUCACGUGACGCGCCGGGCUCUGCCUCGCUCGGCUCAGAGCCGCAGCGGCUGCGCUGGGGAGCGCUCGGCUCGGCUCGGCCCGGCCCGGCCCGGCCCCGCCCCGCCCCGCUCGGCUCGGCUCGGCUCGGCUCGGCCCCGCUCUUCCCCGGCCCCGCCGCUGCUGACUCCCCGCUUGGCAUCGCCGGCUGCGCUCCCGGGAGCCCCCCGCCCCUGCUGUGGGUGGACAAGUCAUUCAUCUAUCACAGAAGCCUCUGGCCCAGGCCGAUGGAGAAUCGCUUUGAAGAACCAUGGGCCAAGCCAGUGUGUCUCACACACCGUAGAGCUGCCCUGGGUGGGUUCUGCUCCCCCCCACCCCAAGACCUCAGAGUUUUUUGAGAUGAUCGAAAAGAUGCAGGGAAGCAGAAUGGACGAACAGCGAUGCUCCUUCCCACCCCCUCUCAAGGUAGGCCCCAGAGGAUGCUGCAUGGGGGCAGGGGCAUUGGAUCUCCCUCCCCCAGCACAUUUGGGGUUACCCACUUAUGCUGGGAUGUCCUCUGCAGUGUUGGAUGGGGCCUGCGCUUUGCACCAUGCGGCGCGCUGCUGGGCGGCAGCUGGCUCUGACGCCCCUCGCACUCUGGGGGAGCCAGCGUUGCAGAGGCCCGAGGUGCUGCGGGACUUCUCCCACUCGUCAUCCAGCGCCAGCAGCUUUGGCAGCGUGGUGGAGGAGAAUGUGGGUGCCGAUGAUUACAUGGGCAUGGAGUGCCAGGCCUCGGGGACGCCCCACAAGCAAGACUCCUUCAUCUACAGCACCUGGCUGGAUGACAGCCUCAGCACUGCCAGCGGGGGGAGCUCUCCAGGCCCCUCCCAGUCUCCCCAGCCGGAGCCCAGGAAACCUGGAGACCCUGCCUGUCCAGAAAUCAAGAUCCAGCUGGAGAAGUCUGAGCAGCACACGCCACACCUGCCUGGAGAAGAUGGGAAUUCUCACGGCCUGUGCCCAGCGCCCUCGCCCCACUCUCCUUCCCCUGCAGCACCCACACAAGAAGCACAAGCUGAAGGGCUUGCGGAGGGCCCCGAGCUUUGUCACAGCCGAAGAUGACUGGCCCAUCGCUGAAGCCAGCAGCCGAAGCCUGUGGCCUAGAUGGCCGGGCCAGCUCCCUCCUUCCCUUCCCACGUUGUGGCCAGGCGCUGGCUGCUUGAGAGCUGGAGCUGGCACACUGGGAAGACACCACCGCAUGGCCGAGGGGGCAUCAGGCCAUCCGCCCGCUUUUCUGCAAGCGACUGAGACCUUGGAAGAGAUUCCCAGUGGCCCUGCCUGUCGUGUGCCCAGCCCCCAACCAGCUCGGCCUGCUCUGCACUUUGCUGACGGGACAUGCGGUGCCAGACGCUUCACCCAUGCCCAGCUCUUGGACCCUGGGACAUGCCCUGCAGCCCAGAACACCUGGCAGGCCUUGAAGGAACCUCUCCAGAGAGGAAGCCAUUUGUACCCAGGCACCCAGCUGCCAGGAAUGAUGCCAUGGUGUGUUAGAGCCCAGCAACUCCCCAGUGACAGGCCAAUAACCCCCGGCAGCUAGAUCCUACAGCCCCCACCUCUCCUGGCCAGCUGGGUCCUCGUUCCCCACCUGUGGGGCCACCAUGGCCAGUCUCACCCUGAGAGCCUCUCUCAGGGUUGACCCUGGGAGUCUGACCCAGCCCCAGAGGAGGAAGGGUGGCACGUAGAUAUUACCUAGGGUGAAGGGUGCCUGGGAACCAGCCUAGCAUCACUGGCAGAGCCCAGGCUAGGGAGGAGUCCUGGGGGAAGGAGGGAUUGGGAGAUGUGGCAAAGUAGAAGUGGGACCCUGGGCCAAGGGAGAAGGCCUGGCUCUGGCCCUGGCCUGGAAAGCCAUGCCUCCAAAUGUGCACUGCCAGCCCCCCUGCAGCUCUCUGACAGGCUGGCCGGUCUGCAGGGAUGUGGCCCGCACCUGGCUCUUGCCAGUGGCAGGGGUAUAUACCCCCUCCACCCACAUCUGUACCCAGCCACCUAGCAUGGCCUCAAAUAGCAGCCGUGGUGCUGGGCUGACGCCAAGGUGCGGAGGAAAGCGCCAGGCCUGGAAUAGCUCUGCCUUGCCAGAGGGAGGGCUGCUUCCCCCUCCCCUUCACCUCCACCUCCACAUGCCGGACUGGUUUGCAGUGAAGGUGUGGCUGGCCUGUGGUCUGUGCCCCAGUGCUGUGGGACACUAGCCAAGACUCUUCAGCAUCCACUGCUGGUAGCGCCCCCCCAAGUAACAUAGGGCUGCACUUGCAGCCUUUCCAGCUUUGCCCCUCUGCAGAGUGCCCUCGCCAUGGCACCCUACGUCCCAGCUGCUCCAUGAGCCCAGCAGCAUCCUGGGCCCCAGCAUGAGGGCUCUCUGUGCACACAGGCAUCCCCCAGCUGCUCUGCACACUGGUCCUCUCCCGCCCUUAGCGACACCCAUACACUCCACAAGCACCACUGUAGCUCUGCCCCAUGGUCAGCAGGGGGUACCCCGGCCCCCACUCUGUUCUUUGCACUCUGGAAGUAGGGUCCUGCGGAGAGCAAAUGGAGAGCAUGAGCUAAUGGUGCCAGCCAGGGCUGCGGGCCAGGUGGGGCACGUGAAUGGCUGUGGGGAGCAAUCUGGGGGAAGUGUCUUCAGACUGGGUCUGUGAGAGCUCGGCUGCAUUAGGCUUCAUGACUGCCCAGCUCUGGGGCACCCAGGCCUGAUCAGGAUGGAAUCAGAGCGUAUGUGAACCCAGGACUGGGCAAACGCCUGACGACUUUAGAGUAUGUUUAUCCCAAAGAGCCACGACGCACUGACAGACAAUCUCUAGCAGACCCAUUGCAGCCACCCGGGUUGACCCCGGCUCCUGCUGCAGGUGACCGGCCAGCGAGCUGCCAUGCUGCACCAGGAGCCCAGAGGCACAAGGGAGGUUCAACAGGCCUGGGUGGGAAAAGCCAAUUUGUUUUUUCAGGGAUUUUUUAAAAAAAUACUUUUUUCCCAAAAAGCUUCCUGUGCUAUUUUUUGGUUUUUGUUUUCAAUGAAAAAAAUUACUCC